UCCUCUCAGUGUUCUUCCUCUCUCCUGGUUUCAAUGCUCUUCAGUGAGGUUAUUUAUUACUUCAACUUCAAUAAAGUUGUCUGACUUUUAUUUUGAAACGGACAACACUCAACCGGAAGUACUUCUAACUGGAGCGCGUGACUGUUUUAUCAAAAUGGCGCCGUGGUGAAACAGCGUUUGAGUUCCGUGUAUGUGUGGAAGCUGAAUAAAGCUGCUCUGAUGACCCUUCAGAGCCUCCGUAUGUCUAAAUAAACCUCUGAACGGACUUUCUGAUGUUCACCUGUUUCUCAGGGAUUCACCUCUGACUCAUCUCCAGGGAACUACAGCUAUUCAAGUUAGCUUAGCACGCGAGCUGGAGGAAGGAAGGAAGGAAGUUUGAUAGAGAGCUAGCUGUGUUUGUGAGAGUUUAAAAUGUCUAAAGUCCACACACUGAGAGGUUUAGUGAAGCAGAGACUGACUGCGGCUGCUGAAGAGAUAUUUGAGCUGUUUGAAAGAACGAUAGCAGAGUACGAGGAGCAACUUAGUCGAUCAGCAGAGGAGAACCAGCGACAACAGAAACUACUGGACGCUGUUUACAACCCGGAAGUCCUCUUACACAGAGCAGUGUUUCCUGCAGACGUCCAGCAGCUGGGGGAGAAUAAAGAAGAGGUUCCCUCUGAGCAGCAGGAGUGGAGCUCCAGUCCAGACCAGGAGGACCCACCAGAUCCACCACACAAUAAAGAGGAACAGGAGGAACUGUGGAUCAGUCAGGAGGGAGACCAGCUUCAAGGACUGGAGGAGACUGAGACCACCAAGGUCACAUUGACUCCUGUCCCUGUGAAGAGUGAAGAUGAUGAUGGAGAGAAACCUCAGCCCUCACAGCUUCAUGAAAACCAAACUGAAGAGAACAGAGACACAGAGGGUUUGAAAACAGAAGAAGAUGAAGAGGAACCUCAGUCCUCACAGCUGUCUCAAAUACAAACUGAACAGAUGGAGACAGGAGCUGAUGGAGAGGAGUGUGGAGGACCAGGACCAGACAGGAGCGGGGAUGAAGACACUUCUGAAGCUGAGACUGAAGACAGUGAUGAAUGGGGAGAGACGACAGAACAUCAGUCAGGGUUAGACUCUGUGAAGCAGAGAAAUAAAGAAAGUCAAGAGACGAAGAAGAAACCACACCGCUGCUCUGAGUGUGGGAAAACAUUUAGGGAGAAAGGAAUGGUAGCUCAACACAUGAGGACUCACACAGGAGAGAAACCCUUCAGCUGCUCUCAGUGUGGGACAAGGUUCGGUCAGAGGCACUCUCUGAAGCGUCACAAGAUAACUCACACAGAAGAGAAACCCUACAGCUGCUCUCGGUGCGGGAAAAGGUUUAACCAAAAUGGGAAUCUUCUUAGACACAUCCGUAUCCACAAGGAAGAGAAACUCCUAAGCUGCUCCGUGUGCGGGAAAAAAUUUAAAGACAAAGGAAAUCUGAGCAGACACAUGAGUGUUCACGAGAAAGAGAAACCAUUCAGCUGCUCUGUGUGUAAGAAAAGCUAUUACUACAUAAAAGCUCUCAUCAGACACACGGACGUUCACAUCAGAGAGCAACUGUUGAGCUGAUCUGAGUGUGGAUGAAGUUUUACUCUGAGAUUAAAUUCAGAAUUCUGAGAUUAAAGUCUGAAUUCUCAGAUUAAAGUUAGAAUUUUUCAGAUUAAAGUCUGAAUUCUCAGAUUAAAGUCUGAAUUCUCAGAUUAAAGUCAGAAUUAAAUAAAAAUAUUGCACCUUACAUGUUUUUUCCAGUGUCCCUCAUCCUCUCCCGUACCCUCUGAUACGUCCACGCUGCAGCUGAAAUGUUCCGUCUGAACUGUCAUAGAUAUCACCAGAUUAAUGGGAUUAAGGAAUCAGCUGCAGAGUAUGAACAGGAGUGAUUUUUGUCUUUUAUUUGUUUGGAUGUUUGUUUUUGAUCCGCCUGUUCUUCCUUCAUUCAGUCACUGCAGCUGUUCUGAUUUUAGUCUGCAUCGUGUGUUUACUAGUUCACUCUGUUAGAUAUGAUCAGCUGAUGGCAGACUUGUUCAUGUUAGUGAUGAUAUGUUGUUUACAUCGUACAGUUCAUGUAAACGCUCUCACAGUAACUCUGGCUCAGUUUAUCAGCUCAAUAAAGCGACUUCCUGUUUCAGGGUUAGUGAAGCCAGAUAACCAG